UUGCUAGUCAACCGUUAAGGAUUCAAGCUCGUGUGCUAGCUGAGUGUAGUGUGCCUCAUCAGGACAUUAGUCUAUCUACUCUAGAAGGCUCCGGAUUGGAACCGAUCGAUUUCUCAGCGACAUGUUUGAAUCAUACGGCUAAUGGAAAAAUAUUCCUUGCAGGACUAACUUGGAAACUGCAAGGAUAGAACAAAGAAAGUGCGUAGAGUAUAAAAAGAGUUUCGUUGAUCGGGGCGAGGACGUAGUUGCAUUGCAGACUCCAAGAUCCGCGAUACUUGUCUCACUUUCUCGGUCGUGUGAAGUGCGUGAGAAGAGGUAUCCCGAUCAACCCAAUAAUUGCGCUAUUUCUGUGGAAUAUUCUUAACCAGUGGUCAACGGUAGUGGAAAUGGCUUCGAUUCUGCCAGCAGCAAUCACCGGUGGCGAAAGCGACCGUGUGCUCAAGUCUAUGGACGCCAACCGGUAUGCGACGAAGAAGACGAUCGCCCAGGGAAUGCUCGACAUUGCCCUACUCACGGCCAACGCUUCGCAGCUCAAGUACAUCCUACAGGUUGGCGAAAAGCACGAAUUCUACACCCUAAUGCUCACCCUGAUUAGUAUCUCCAUCAUUCUGCAGAUUACGAUGGGUGUCCUGAACCUUUCGCUCAGUUUGCUGCGUGACUGUCGAUUGCAUCUUCCGGAGUACCAUCAGUCGGCCAACGUGAUAAAUUAUAUAGUAACCGGAGCUGCCUUUAUGGUUACCAUGCUGAAUCUGAUGAUAUCGGCCUUCGAUCCGAUGGUUUUGAAAUACGUGCUCGAUUAGAUAGCAUUUGACGUCGGGGACUGGGGAGUUUGGAGAAAUUCGGUGGUACUGUGAUUAUUGCUUUUGCUGCUUGCGUCAAGAAAGCUAUGUCAGAUGUUUGCAGAAGUUUUACAAAAUCACGUCCGAAUACUGGGCACAAGAGUUUGAUUAUGACUAUACUUAAGUUUGCCAAAAGCUAUCUUGAGACCUAUUUAAAUCUAUGGACAGAGCAAUACGUAAACUUAUUUUUGGACGAUAACCUCCAAAAAACUAGAGUAAGACUUGAACUAUUGGAGUCAUUGCAGAAUUCAGGCCGAAAUGACCGAAAAAAAUCUUUAACUAAUCAUGAAGAGCACAGUUUCCAUAAGUAUUUAUGAACGAAAAUCUAGCGAGUAAUGCAAUUUACCGCGAAAGAAUUUGCUUGGUUUGAGGAGAAGCAUGUACGCUUCUGAAUGUGUGUAGAAAUGAGAGUGAUGGAAAUGCAAUAAUUGAGUGAGUGUUUCCCACGCUUGCUUUUAGGAAUUGAAUCUGAUACCAUACACGCAAAACAAGAAAGGCUACCAAAAAUUGAGAUAUGCCUUUUCUACCAAUUAAUGUAUUAAAAACGUACAGAAAAUGUGUUAAAUCAUAAUCUAUUCGUUGUAUUAAGAUGCGCUACACGGUUGCACAGGUUCCAUACCACUACACACAAACACCGCUAUUCAAACUGGAGAAGUUGAACCGGGUUGUUUCUAAAAAUAACUUUCGCUUCGCUGCUGAGCUUCGCGUCCUAUUGUCUACUAGGAAUUUUCCACUAGUAAACAGCACACUGCCGGAUGCGGACUUUUCAGUGCACAAUGGGUUUAGAGUCGUAUUUACGAAAACAAAAAUGUUUCUGCCAAGUUCUGUCAUUUUUUUGUAUUAUUGUGAAAUGAGUACGGUCACUCGGGUGUGGCUUAUCCAAAAAUCUGCUGAUUAAUUAUUCUCUAUACAAUUUCAAAAUGUUUUACAAAGUUGUAGCAAAUUUGCAAAAAAAAACAUUCAAAUGAUUAGAACUUUUUGAAAAGUAUUCAAUAAGUUGCAACUUCUUUUCCCUUUGGACAUACUUUAGUCGAGUCCAACUGUACAUGAAGACCAAUACAUUAAUCAUAAACUUUCAAAAUUAAAUUUAAUUCGGUUCGCUUAAGGCCCCCUUAGCGUGUCAUCGCAAAAUGGCUUCUUCAAAAUCAUUGACCGAAAUCAAUUUUACACAACAUUGCACCAAUACAUAUUUGUAAAAAAUCGACGAUUAUCUUAUUCUAUAAAAUAAUCAAUUUCACGCCAGAUAUUUGGCAUAAAAAUGUAUUCACACUACUUCAAAUACAAGCCUCUUUCAAGUGAAGUAAUCACGAUAUCAAGGAUUAUUUCACUCGAAAGUAGACAUUUUAAACGAUUUGUUUCGACCGCACUCAAAAUGUGGUUGGCGGUGUUUACCACCCACCGCAGUACCAACGACGACGGCGGCAGCGCGGUGAUGUCUUUUGGCGCGCACAAUCAUCGAUCAUUGCACGCAGUGAUGUCGAUCCUGCUGGCCAAAGCAUCAAUAAAAUUGAUCGAAAUCAAUCAAAAAGUCAAGUCAAACCCAUUGGUUAUGCGUCAUAAAAUCGAAAAUAAUUUGUGGGGUAAUUAUUUUUUAACUUUUUUACCACAAUUGUUAGUGAAAUAAGCAAAACAUUAUAAUUUACGAAAUCUUCACCAAGCGGUCCGCCAGCACUGCUGUUGCAGCAAACAUAAACAGUGGGAGAGCGUACCAAAGUAAUUCGAUCAUUUCUAGCUUGUUACAUAGAAAAUCUAACAUUUUUCAUGACAUUUGGAUAUGUUGCCUUGCUAUUCAUUGAAGUAGAGUAGUUUACUGUUCGAGUUACUUUCAAAUGAUUCAUAUUCUCGAAAUGUUUUCAUUGGAGGUACCGAGACAAAGAGGUGCUAUUUUUGUUUGCUUGUUUAUGGAAUUGGUAUAGAAAGGCUGCACAACUACUAUCGUGCUUGAUGAUUGUUUGGAAUAAGAAACAAAUAAGAAGAGCAAAAUUUGAGAUUACACGCCAAGGGGCCUUAAUCCUAAGGUACAGUAAUUUGAUAAACGGAAGUCAAAUAAUAGGUAUUCUACUAGGAGGGCUCCAAUUUCGUGUAGAGUUAAUCAAUCAAGACCAAAUUUGUACCAAUUAUAUCUAACUCGUUGAGGAACAAGUAAUUAAAAUUUGAAUAGUUUUGGUGUACUUACUUUAUAAAAGGUAACAACUUGCUAAAAAUGUUUUAGGCAAUUUAUCAAACUUGGCAUACUUUUGUAUAUACCACUAGGCGGCGCUAGAGAUCAAGCAAAUUUUAAAUUUUAUAUAUUUCAGAUACAAAGUUGGUGUCUUCGACAAUGUUGUUUGGUAGGUCAAGGGCUUACAGUUAAUAGUCCACUUGUUUCGAAAUUUCGCCACUAGGAAGCGCUAGUUACACAUUUCCAAAAUUAUGCAAAUGAACGUUUUUUUUCAUAAAGUAAUCAAAAAGCUGUAAUUUUGUUUUCUUUGAACGAAUUUAAGUCAAGUCAAUGGUUUUUCAAUGAGCUAUAUAUUAGUCAUAAAUGUGCAAAAUUUUAUUUCAUUCGGUUCACUUAAUCAUGAGAUAUAUCAGUUUAACGAAAAACACUCAAAUAUGAAACAUUUUACUAGUCGCUCUAACUUCAUGUAAAACUAUCCAAUCGAGCUCAAAUUUGUAUCAUUCAUAGCUAAUUAGUUGUGCAACUAGCAGAUUAAAUUUGGGAAUUUUCCCUACACUUUAUAAAAACUUACAGCUUGCUGAAUAUUUUCGAUAUAAUUAGUAAAAGUUGCAUGCUUCUACUAAUUUGCAACUAGCGCCGUCUACUGGCAGAAUCUUGAACCAAUCAGCUAAUCAACUGAAAGGCCUUAAUAAACCAAACAACAUUGCCGAAGAAACCAACUUUCUAAGUGAUCAGAGUCCUGAGAUAUAUGGAAUAUAAAAAUUGAUUUAUCGUCAGCGCUACCCAGUGGUAGAAUUUCGAAUCAAACGGCCCAUCAAAAGUAUGACGUUGGCUGACCUAACAACUUUGCCAAAUACGCCGAAUAUUUAAGUGAUCAUGGUGCUUAGAUAUACGGUAUGGAAAAUUUGCAAGUGCUACGUCUUGCUGUCUGUGAUAUCUGUCAUGCCAGAGACAAACAGACGUAACACUGAUGAAAUGUUUAUACCAAAUAUCUCAUGAUUCUAAUUACUUGGAGAGUUGGUGUCUUCGGCAAUAUUAUUUGGCUGGUCAAGAACUAACAAAUGAUGGACCGUUUGUUUCAAAAUUCCACCACAAGGCGGCGCUAGUGAGCAUACAAAUCUUAUGUUCCAUAUAUCUCAGGACUCUGAUCACUUAGAAAGUUGAUGUCUUCGGUGAUGUUGUUAGCUUGGUUUAGGCCUCUCAGUUGAUUAGCUGAUUGGUUCAAGGUUCUGCCAGUAGGCGGCGCUAGUUGCAAAUUAAUUGAAGCAUGCAACUUUUAUUUAAUAUUUUGAAUAUGUGGUACCUUGUCAAUAACGAUUAUACGAUACACACCUAUGCAUACGCGCACCUGCGCGGUGGACCGACAAUAACAAUAGGCUCCGCGACGCCGCUCAAGAAUGAUCAGUCUUUUAUACACACUCGAGCUACUCACACGCGGUUACCACAAGUGGCGACGAGGAUAAAAAAAAAAUAGCGCGCAAGUAAUAAAGCGAUGAAAUUAAUCAAAUCAAAUCGUUUGUGAACUAGUAAUGCACAUAAAAGUGGCGUUGUAUUCCCGGUCGUGAUAAGGAAAAUUGAAAAAAGAAAUGGAUGAAGAUGAGUGGGUGACGCCAAUCUUGUCGCAACAUGUCGAUGAGCAGUGAAAGUGGAAUGUGAAAGAAAAUCUAAAUGUUGUCUAUUCUGCAGCGAUUGGGGUGCGGUGUACAUGUGAUUGAAUUAAAUGGUUUGCAUCUCGUGUUGUUUUGUCAGUGCCCUUGAGAUAGAAUACGGAAAAUAUUUACUACAGAAAAGAGCCAAGUUAUAAGUCCGCUUUCGUGGAAGUGAUGAUCCGGUAGGGAACAAAUUGUGCCGUGAAUGUGUGAUGAGGUGCAGGUUUGUACCAGAUCUACAUCUAAAAGGUAUGUAGCUAUUGACAAUUUGUUUUGCCUCUGGCUGUCGCUGCCGUGUACAUCAAGUAAUUUUCUUCGAAUGUGUGAUGGGAAUUAGAACAGCGCUCAAGUCGAAGCGUACUCUUGAAAUUAUUGCCUGUGAGUGGGGCGAUAUGAUGCCCUUGGACCUUAGUGUUUCAUGAAUUAUGUAGCAUGUACUAUUCGGUGAACCUUGAAAACACUAUUCGUUUAAUAGUACAAAACUUAUUAAUAAAAUCUGCGAUUUUACGAAGAGGUGACAAUCAGAAGAAAUUGAGCUUUGUUAGAAAUGUUUAUGCCUUUAGUGCUGGGAUAUGAAGUUGGUAGCCGAUCGGUGGUUGAACCCGGGGUUCACUAUACAAUAACAAUUUACUUUAAAUUUAAUUGUUUCAAUAGCACAGUAAGUGUUAACAAUGGCAUUGAAAAUGUGUAUGGUAUUUGCAUGACUUGAUGAAUGGUUGCAACAAAGAUUAGAAAAAGCGGAAAAAAAUCGAUAACGGUGCCUGCAAGGUGCCAGCCAAAACGGGGGAAAAAGAGUUUUAUUAAGACAACACGGUUAAAAACAAUCUUUAGCAUCUCCACGGUUGUCUUGAAAAUAAGUGUUGCUGGUAGAGUAGAAUAAGAUGUUAAUCUCACUUAUGGCUGGUAAUUGGAGAUUUGUGGAAUAUUGUGAUUAAAUUCACUAUUAUGAAAAGCUGCGUCGGUGUGAAAUAAUAUAUUAAACUAGCUGUCCCGGCAAACUUCGUCUUGCCGUCUUGUGGUGGUUUGACAACUGUUGAGCUCAAAAUAGCACCGCACUCUAGAUUGGUUUCAUUUCGAUCGUGUUGAUUUUCUUCCCAGCUGACACAAAAUCAGUACUUUAUCAAUGUUCUUACUUUUCUAAUUGAUAUUCGUAACUUUUUGUACAUAUAAACACAGCCACCACGAAUACGAACCGAACCGUGCAAGAGUCAUGCUCAUUGGUUCACCCGUUCGUGAGUUUUGUUGCCUCAAAGGGACGUCAAACUCAUUUUUAUAUAAUACUAGCUGUCCCGGCAAACUUUGUCUUGCCGUCUUGUGGUGGUUUGACAACUGUUGAGCUCAAAAUAGCACCGCACUCUAGAUUGGUUUCAAUUCGAUCGUGCUGAUUUCCUCCCAGGUCAUAAAAAAUCAGCAUUUUGUCUAUUUUCUUAUAUUUUUAGUUAAUUUUCCUAACUUUUUUUACAUAUAAACACGGCCACCACGAAUACGAAUCUGACCAUGCAAGAUUCAUUCUGACCGGUUCAGCCGUUCGUGACUUUUGUUGCCUCAAAGGGAAGUCAAACUCAUUUUUAUAUAUAUAGAUAUUAAAUUGCGAUUUCUUAUUUAUACUUCAUCAAGACAACUGUUUUAAUAUUUGAAAAAUAACGCCAAAUCAACAAAUAUGCGUAACAACACUUCAUUUGCGAUUUCAUAUUUUAGCAUGAACAAUGCCUCUUUUCAUUUUGCUUUUUCAGUGCAACUUUCCAUCUCUUUUGUACCAGCAGAAGGGCAGUUGUUAUCAUAUACAUUUGCCAGUGUCUCAAAGUACUUAUACUGCCCAUGCAUCCUUCUAGUCAGUUUCGACUAAAAAUGCUUUGAAUUCUAGCCAGUAUUUGCAAUUUUUUUGAUGUUCUUCGUUAGAAAAGUGAUUGAACGACUGUUAAACUGGUAUGUAAGUCCAUAAUCAUGUCAUGAAAUCCAUUAGUAGAGCAUAGAUAUUGUGAUUGAAUUCACUGAGAUGAAUGUGUAUGAUGUGAUUCAAUUCACUAACACGACGCGAAAUGACCACCGCAGAAGAGUAUUCGAGUACAUUCAUUAAGGGUAAAACAAGCUGUGAUUAAAUUCACUCAGAGCGUAAUGAAAGCUGUGAUUAAAUUCACUGAAAUGGAGAAAAAUAAGAACAAGCAGAGGACAAAACUAAUCUAGCACAUAUAGCCAAAGUGGUAAAUGCAGGGAUAGCAAGGCCAUACUGAGGAUGACGGGUACGACUCCCGGUCGGUCCAGGAAGAAUUCCGUGACUUUCGUGAACCUGGAGUUUCUUCGUGCCUGCCAUACAGUACUCAUUCGAAGUGGUUGUUGGCAUAGGGAGGUUUCAGUUGGUGACUGUGGAGGCGCUCAUUGACCACUAACAGCGGGAGUUGCUGAAAUGGGACGUUAUCUUCUAAACGAAACUCAUGUAUCUCAUUUAUUUAAUUCAACAUCAAAUUCAUGGUAACACUGAGACAACAAUUUGCCGACAUUAUACUCGAUUUGCAACUGCAGCUCUCCAACGUCAGUCACGCUCAACGCUCGCCAGAUCACGCUCCACCUGGUCCGCCCAUCUUGCUCUCUGCGGCCCAUGUCUUCUUUGGCCAGCCAGAUGAUUACUAAACACCAGCUUUGCAGGGUUAUUGUUUGGCAUUCUUGCAACAUGCCCACCCACCGUAUUCGUCCAGCUUUGGCCAAUUUCAGAAUAUUGGGGUCAUCGUAGAGUACAGUGGGCUCGCGGUUCAUCCCUUCGCCACCAUACACCGUUCUCCUGCACGACGUUAAUAACCGUCCUUAGCACACGUCGCUAGAAAAAUUCAAGUGUUUGCAGAUUCUCCUAGAGCAUGGUCCAUAUCUCGUGUCCGUAGAGGACCACCGGUCUUAUAAGCGUCUUGUACAUGUUUCGGGGGUGAACCUUUUCAUUGACCGCAGUUUCUUCUGGCCGUAGUAGGCACGACUUCCACUGUUCCUUUGUAUUUCACUGCUCACAUUAUUGUCAGCCAUUAGCAAAGAACCGGGACAGACGAAUUCUUCUACCAUCUCGAAAGGAUCCCCGUCUAUCUUAGCAUUGCUGCAGCGAGAUGUACUGUCUCGCUCAGUUCCACCUACCAGCAUGUGAUUUGUUUUAGCCGCGCUCACCACCAGUCCGACUUUCGCUGCUUCACGUUUAUGGUGGGUAUACGGUUCCAAAGGUUUCAGCAAUAAUUUCCAUAUCAUCCGCAAAACAGACAAAUUGGUUGGAUUUCUUCAAGAUUGUACCCUGGCUGUUGAGCCUUGCACGUUGCAUUACACCUUUGCUGUCCCCGUCGAGAUUCAAUGAACUGGAUAGUUCUCCCGAAACCAACAACGAAACUCUUUAAGAGUGAAUAUAGUAGAGAUUAAAUUCAUUAAGAAUGAAGGAAAGGUUGUGAUUAAAUUCUCUGACAUCAAGAACACGAAUGCAGCUUGAUGACAAACGAAUGGUUAAACUCGCCAAGAUGGAUGACUUGUGAUUAAAUUCAGUGAGGGUUUAUAGAAGGUUGAGAUUAAAUUCUCUGCUAUGGUGAAAACAAGAAGACGAACAUUUUUUCAGGAAACAUAAGAGGUGACGUAAUGGUGGCCAUUGAGAACUGAACUGUCAAAUAGGGUAAUGACAGAGGAACGAGAUCACAUUAAGAAGGCAUGCGAUGGCUCCUUAAACACCCACUUGCCCAUUUGCGACAGUUGUGUGAAAAAAACAACAUCAUCUCAUCUAUAAACUCAAAAGCAGUUUUUCAGUAGAAAUUCAACCGAAGUGAAUGCAAACUUAACGCUUAACUCUACGUAUCUCCUGGAUAACGGUAAAACCUUAAUGAAACCUUAAUGGUGUUAAUGAUAUUAAAUCGGAAAACUGCGUUUGAAUAGUUGACGAUUGCUUAUUACCAUCAUUCAGGUUUUUGAGCAAUGAAGCGUAAGAGUUAUAAGAAAAAAAGUUUGUAAAUUCGAGAAGCCUGAAGUUUAAAGAGACUGGAGAAGUUCGAGAAGUUUGAGAACUGGAAGAAGCUAAAGUGAAAGGUAUUCCAGAAUUCGUGAACAAGGUAGACCUACCGAAGGCAGAUUCGUCACCAUAUUGGCAGAACCAUAUUGGACAGGAGGUCCAGAAAACUACGUAGUCCAUCCUUAAACCACUUCGAACUGUGUUUAGGAAGUCGUCAUUACUAAGGGAUCCAGUAGCUUACGCCAGCACAAGGAGACAGUUUAGGACAGUAAUGGUGGCAGGAUGGAAGAAUCCCUAACGCAAAUGUCAGGAUAGAUUGAAAGGGUGAAAAAUAAGUAAGAAGUGCCAGCCGUAAAAA